CUUUUUUCCCCACCUAAAUGAAAUGUGGUGGGGGUAUAAAAUAUAAAUGUGAGAUUUCCUUGUUGGUGUGUGCUUAUAUAAAGGAGGAUAGGAUGUUUAAGUUUCCUACUAUUAAUAAAAUAUAGCUAUAGGGUGCAAAAGAAGAGAAGAGAAGAGAAAAGAAGAAAAAAAAUAGAAAGAGAUAUCAUCAAAUUUCAUAGCUAGGUAGUUUCCAUAAUUGAAUAAUAUAUCAUUUGAUGGAAGAACAUCUUACUCCAUUGGCUGUAACUCAUCUCCUUCAACACACUCUAAGAAGUUUGUGCAUCCAUGAAAAUUCUCAGUGGGUUUAUGCUGUUUUUUGGAGGAUCUUGCCUAGAAACUACCCUCCACCCAAGUGGGAAGGACAAGGGGCUUAUGAUAGAUCAAGAGGAAACAGAAGGAAUUGGAUAUUGGUUUGGGAAGAUGGUUUCUGCAAUUUUGGUGCAUCAGCAGCACCUGAAAUAAACUCUGGUGAUUGUCCUACUUCAUCAGUUUAUGGGAACUGUGAGUUUCAGCCCUACCAAGGCCUUCAACCAGAGCUUUUCUUCAAGAUGUCACAUGAGAUCUAUAACUAUGGUGAAGGGUUGAUUGGAAAAGUAGCUGCAGAUCACAGUCACAAGUGGAUAUACAAAGAACCAAAUGAUCAAGAAAUUAACUUUUUGUCAGCAUGGCACAAUUCAGCUGACUCACACCCUAGGACUUGGGAAGCUCAGUUCUUGUCUGGUAUAAAGACUAUAGCUCUCAUUGCUGUUAGAGAAGGUGUUAUUCAAUUAGGAGCUGUUCAUAAGGUGAUUGAAGACUUAAGCUAUGUGGUUCUACUAAGAAAAAAGUUCAGCUACAUAGAGAGCAUACCAGGUGUACUUCUUCCACACCCUUCAUCAUCAGCAUACCCUUGCAAAGUAGAAGGGUAUGGUACUCCACAAGAACAUUGGCAUUAUCAAGGAAGCAUUGCACCACCACAAGGUGAACUAUAUGAUCAUUUUAACAUGCCAAUGAAAGUAACUCCUUCAAUGAGUAGUCUUGAAGCAUUACUCUCAAAGUUACCUUCAGUUGUUCCACCACAAACACAUUCUCAUCAUCAUGUUUUGGCACCUCAAAGACCAUUGGAAUUUAUGGGAUCAAUGCAAAAAGUUGCAAAAGAAGAGUUAGAUAAUAAUGAAGAAGUGUAUAGACCUGAUCAACUUGAUGUUGGUGAGAGUAGUAGUUCCAUGCAAGGGUAUCAUCAUCAUUUUCAUCAACAAGAUCAUGGAUCCAAUAAUAAUGGAUUUUGAGUAUUAUUAAUUAAUUCUAAGUCCUAACAUAUUGUAGUGAGAGUUGCUAAUUAGUUCAAGUACUAUGAUUAGUAUGAUAAUUAAUAUUAAUUAAUAAUUAGUAUGAAUUUCAGUUUGUUAAUUUUUUUUCUUUCUAGAUGGAUGUGACUUCUUGGUUGGUAGUGUUUAAUUUGUAGUAUGAAGGGAAGUUGGAUUCCAUG